CAGUGCUGUGGACGGGGAGCCCCCAGACUCCAGGGCCGAGAUGCGCAGCGCCCCGCGGCUGCUGGUGCUGGCGCUCCUGCUGGGGGCGCACCCAGGUGCCCAGGCUAAGAUGAAGCUGUCUGUGCCCCCCCUGGUGGAGGUGAUGAGGGGGAAUCCCAUCACCCUGGACUGCACCCCUUUGGGGGACCAUAAAGAGUUCUUGCUGAAAUGGUUCCUGGUCGACCGCUCUGGGGCCCGCCACCUCCUGGCCGAGGCCCAAGUGCAGGGCUUGGAGGUCCAGGCCACGGUGCACAACUCCUGGAGCCGCAGCCCCCCAUACCAGCUGGAAGGCCAGGGGCACCUGGUGCUGCCGGAGGCCCAGGUGAGCGACCAGUGGGACUAUGUAUGCAUAGUGACAGCAGGGGCAGCGGGCACUGCCAAUGCCACCUUGAAGCUUCAGGUAUUUGCAAAACCAGAGACCACCGAUGUCUCCCCCAACCAAGGGAUACUGUCUGUGACCGAGGACCUUGCCCAGGAGAUCGCCACCUGCAACAGCCGCAACGGGAACCCGGCCCCCCAGAUCAAGUGGUACCGGAAUGGGCAGCUCCUGCAGGUGCCCAUGGAGGUGAACUCAAGCGGCUACAUGACCAGCCGCACAGUGCGGGAGGCCUCGGGCCUGCAGUCUCUCACCAGCACCCUGUACCUGCGGGUGCACAAGGAGGACCGCAACGCCAGCUUCCACUGCUCGGCGCACUAUCGCCUGCCCCAGGGCCGGCACGGCCAGCUGGACAGCCUGCCCUUCAGCCUCAACCUGCACUAUCCCACGGAGCACGUGCAGUUCUGGGUGGCCAGCCCGUCCACCACAGAGGGCUGGGUCCGCGAGGGCGACUCUGUCCAGCUGGUCUGCCGUGGGGACGGCAACCCCACGCCGGAGUACACGUUUUACCGCCUUCAGGACAAGGAGGAGAAAGUGCUGAAGACAAGUCUUCAGGGGAACUUGACCCUGGAGCGGGUGCAGCGGGGCCAGAGCGGGACCUACGGCUGCAAGGCAGAGGAGUUUGAUGCUUAUGAGUAUUCGGAGCUCUCCAAGACUCUGGAGCUGCGCGUGGCCUACCUGGACCCCAUCGAGCUCAGCAACGAAGAGGAGCUUUCCUUACCCCUGGGCAGCAGAGUAGCCACGAGCUGCUCCGUGCAAGGCCUGCCCACCCCUGCUCUACGCUGGACCAAGGACUCGGUCCCCCUGGUGGAUGGCCCCAUGCUCUCACUCAACUCCAUCACCUUUGAUUCCGCUGGAACCUACAUAUGCGAAGCCUACAUGCCCACGGUCCCCCUCCUCAGUCGCACUCGGACCCUCAAGCUGCUGGUUGAAGGGUUACCCGACCUAAGGCCGGAGGAGAUUCAGCCCCAGGCAGAGGGCAGCUGGAGAGAAGGAGACGAAGUCAAGCUGGUCUGCUCUGCCCGUGGCUACCCAGAGCCCGAACUCACCUGGAGCGAAAAGGGCGGCAGUUCCACAGAGCUGGUUCCCGGAGGGCAGGGCUGGGUGAGCAGCUCCCUGACCCUGAAGCUGACCAACGCCAUGAGCCAACACGGCAUCUCCUGUGAGGCCUCCAACCCACAUGGGAGUGCCCGGCAUGUCUUCUACUUCGGCCCUUUGGCCCCCCCGACCUCUCAGGCCGGAGUAGCUGUCAUGGCUGUGGCCGUCAGCGUGGGCCUCCUGCUCCUUGUCGUUGCUGCCUUCUAUUGCAUGAGACGCAAGGGGCGCCCCGGCUGCUGCCGACAGGGGGAAAAGGGGGCUCCGCCAUCUGGGGAGCCAGAGCUGAGCCACUCAGGGUCCCAGCGGCCAGAGCAGACAGGCCUUCUCAUGGGAGGUGCCUCUGGAGGAGCCAGGCGUGGCAGUGGGGGCUUUGGAGAUGAGUGCUAAGCCUGCAGACCUCCAAGAGGCAGUCAUUGGACCCAACCUGGAGUUGCAAGCAUGGGAGAACCAGCCCUGCUCACGCCCUGCCUGCCCCCGCCUUCCCUUCCCUUCCCGGCCUGCCCCUUUCCUCUCCCCCCUCCCUUCCUUCCUCUGCAGGCUGGGCAGGGACCUACAGACACUGCUGGGGGGGAGGGAGGGUGCGCUCGUGGGUGGGAGGGGACCUUCUUCCAGUGAGUAUGACUCUCCCAGGCCCCAGAAUAGCUUCUGGACCCAAGCCCGGCCCGGCCCCGGACGAGGCUCUGAGGGUCGGCUGGCUGAGGCUAUUUUUACCUCCUGCCUCCAUUGCUGGUCCCCCCACCUGACGUCCUGCUGUAUAGUCUGACACUGGAUCCCCACCCCUGCUCCGCCCCCUCAUCAUGGACACUGGAGUCUGGAAUAAAUGCUGUCACGUGGACACCA